AUCCGUUUCCUAUUUUUUCAGGAACCUGUACUUUUGUUUUUUUCUGAAAUGAAAUGGGAAUUUGAACGCAGCAGUUUCAAUGAGUUUUCUCCGUCGAUUCUCCACCGAAAACAGCCUUUGAUCCGUUUCCAUCUCUCCUUCAAUCAGGUAGCUUUCUUUCUGAUGAAAUGCCACAUCAAGGAGGCUGCAAUAUCUCAUGCACAGCCAUUUUCUCUCGAUAGUGCUAAAAGAAAAGAAGAAUGGUUGAUUGAGGAGCUAAGGAAAUUUGAGGUCCCCAAAGCUUUGGAAGAAAUAUAUUACUCAAAAUACAAACCAAGGAGGAGCAGUUUUACCUCAAGCAUACAGGUGAGAAAGAACUAUGUUCCAGUAGGGAGAUAGGGAGUAUUUGGAGGUGUGGUUCUUAACAUGCAUCUUCAAUGGAAGAGGCAUGAAACUGUGAAGGUUGUUUGCAAGCCCUGCAGACCUUACCAAGCACCCGAAUAUGCGAUGGAGCUAGCAUGGCUGAGUAAAGGCAUUGUGAUUGAUAUCAAAGCCAACAAUGUUAUAAUAUUCUUCUGCGGAAAGAAUUACAUACAGCCGGAGUUGAUGCCCCCUCUAGAUACACUAUCUACUAGGGUACGUUUUGUUUCCAUUCCUCAUCUUAUGCUACGUCCAUUUUGUUCAUGAUAUAUGUUGAUAGUUGUAUGAGCACGCUAGUAUAUGGCCAUAGAGGAUUGUAGAGGAUCCCCAUGGCAGAUUUUCCAAUUUGGCACACAUGUUAAACAUUGAAUAUGAUCUGCAAAGA